GACUUGCGGGCCGCGCGACCGAGUAGACGGACGCGCCACGCGCGCCGCCACCAUACUGACCGACGUUACACCGCUCGUGCUACGGAAUACUAAUAUCUGACAGUGACAGAAGUGUUGCAGUGUUCCAAUUUUGAAACUCGAUUUGUUUAUAUAUUAAUGCUGUUGUUGGAAUUAUUAUUAUUAUAUUUUUAUUAAUAUAAUUGUGGUGCAUGUGGACGGAUCAGUGACACUUUGGAUUGCGUUUUGGACCAGGUGUGCGUAUGUCUGGACGGUCCAAACCAAAUGUGUUCAAAGUCGGCGUCGUCAACAUCAGCGAUAUUACAUUCACUGGAUUCCUGUAUUUUGAUCGUAUCACCUAUCAUUUGGCAUGGUACCUGCGUUCGUCGCCGUAUCGUUUCAUGACAUCAAAUUACUUUUUGUUAAACUGGUUUUGUGAAAUCGAGGUUUUUCGUGUUUGGAAUAUACCUAUUUACUUAACUGAUUACGAAGGAACAGAAAGAAUCCCAGUUAAGACACUGGGUACUGGGAAGCGUCACCGCUUUACUGUGGAGAUACCACAACCUCACACCAAGCGAUUCGCCUCUACAUUCAUCGUGCGAACUGCGAAGCUGUGGAAUUUGAUACCGGACUCGCUGUUUCCGGACAAAUACAGUCUGGGACUCUUCAAGUCAAAAGUGAAUCGGUUCCUUCUAGGCAAGCACGCUCCAUCUUAG